CUCUUCCUGCCGCUGCGCGCUGGUGACGCUCGGGAGGCUCGGGGGGGGGGCGUGGGGGGGAGAUGCCGUGAGGCGCCCGGGAUCGCGGCGUUACCGGGCAGCGCGCCGCUCACCCACAGACAGCCCUCGGCGCCAUGUUCCGCCGGGCCCGCCUCAACGUGCGGCCCAACGUGCGGCCCGCAGUAAGGGGCGCCGGUAGCACGGCACAGCCGCAGCCUCAGGCCUCGGGCCCCUUGGAGGCUGCCAGAAAGGAGGCUGCGGCGGGAGCGGCGGCUGAGUCCCCGCCCGACGCGGCGCGGACCGAGAGCAAUGACAAGGCUAAUAGCUCAAACGAUGCUGGAGAAGCUAAUAAACCUGCAGAGAUGCCCAUACAGAGAAGAAAACGGAUCUGCACCAUGCCAAAUCUUGUCAGACCCAGAGCUGGACCUUCAUCUGCUCAGUGUCCUGCAUCAAAACUGCAGAGGAGAGCACCACAGGCUCCUGAUGGAAGUGCUUCACUGCAGAAGGACUCCUCUCCAUCGGAGAAGAGUAAUGUUGAAGGCUCUGUGAAGUCUUCCAUGCUGCCUGAAAAGAAAACACCUGUGCCACAAGUGCCACAGUUUUCCCCACUAAAAAAACCAAUGAACAAAGAGCAAACUGUAGGUGUAGCUGCCCCAAAAAGUGAUGAUGCUUUGCAGAAAAAUGUACCCUCGCCUCUCAAGGAGAGACCAACACAAGAAAGAUCAGAAACACAGGAAGAAAAGCUGCCUAUAGCACCUCCUCCUGUAAAAGAGAAACGAAUAUGUUCUGACCGUGAAAGGAUCCUCAAAGCUCGGAAGUUAAGAGAAAUGCUUAAAGAAGAGCUAAAGAAGGAGCGGAUGUUGAAACAGAGGCCUCCAAUAAUUGAAGGACGUUCUCCACCAGAUCGUUCUAAAAUGACCAUGAGGGACUUGAUAUAUUAUCUGCCAGAAAACAAUCCUAUGAAGUCUUCAUUGGCAGAAGAAAAGAGAACAGAAAAAAAUUCUGCACUGAGUCAAAUGAAAGAGCAGGAAGAGAAAAAUACUCCUGAUAGUGAAGAGGAUAAUGAGGAGGAAGAAGCAGAGAAUGGGGAAGAGAGUCAGGAUGGUCCACUUCUAGUUCCUCGUGUGAAAGUAGCAGAAGAUGGUUCAAUUAUUCUGGAUGAAGAAAGCUUAACUGUAGAAGUUCUACGAACAAAAGGUCCCUGUACUGUAGAAGAAAAUGAUCCCAUAUUUGAGCGUGGCUCCACAACUACAUACUCCAGCUUUAGGAAGAGUUUUUAUACAAAACCGUGGUCAAAUAAAGAAACAGAAAUGUUCUUUUUAGCUAUCAGUAUGGUCGGGACAGACUUCUCCUUGAUUGGACGGCUGUUUCCUCAUAGAGCUCGAGCAGAAAUUAAGAACAAAUUCAAGCGUGAGGAAAAAGCUAACGGAUGGAGGAUAGACAAAGCUUUCAAAGAAAAGCGGCCCUUUGAUUUUGAAUUCUUUGCUGAGCUGCUUGCAAAGGUCUUAGCAGAUGAAGAAAAGAGGAAGCAAAAAACUGUUAAAAGCCAGAAGUCUAAGGAAAAGAAGCCAUCAAGGCCUCAAAAGAAGCCAGAAGCAAAAGCUGCCAGCACAGAAGCUGCUCAUGAUCAAAAUGAUGUUCAGAAAGACAGAAUUUCUGAUGCAGAAACAGAAGCAGAUGCUGUAUUGGCUGAGAAAGAAAAUGAGGAAUCUUUGGACAUUGCUGAACAGACAGAAGAACAGGUUGCAUUAGAGCCAGCAUUAGCAAAAAAGAAGAGAAAGAAGAAGAGAAGAGAUGAUCUUGAAGAGGAGGUGGAGAAUCUUCCAGAAGAAAUGUCUGUCUCUUCAAAAACUGCUGAAGAAGGAAAAUCAUCCAAGAAAACAGAAAAAAAGAUGGUAUGUGAUGAAAGCAAUGAUGGUCAUACCACCUGUAGAGAAAAACUGGAUAGUGUUACUGAAGGAAAACAAGAUGAGACUACUGUUACAGAGGAAGAGAGAUCAGAGUCCUCUUUACCAGUGGAUGACAUAAUGGAGAGAAAAAGUGAUGUCAAUUUAUGCAGCUUUGAAGAUAACAGUGAUACUGCGUUAGAAACGGAAUCUGCUGAACUGGGAAACCUAGAAAUUAGAGAUGAUCUGUCACAGGAGACCCAUGUUUCAGAGUUACCAGUUUCAAAGAUCAGAAACAAAGACAGACAGUCUGAAGAAACUAAUGAAACACAGAAUGAAGACAUACCUGACUUACAUAGACCAGAUGAAAAGCAUGGUGCAUCAGAAAGUGAUCCACAGCUUGAAUUCAUGAAAACUCAGAAGCCACCAGAGAGACGGUGCUUGCAAAGACCUAAACCCAACUUAGUUGGAAGGAGACAAGCAGCUACACAAGAGAAAAUGGAGGCUGAGACUUCUCCAAGCCUUGUGAAUGCAAAUGAAAAGUGCUCUGGAGAAGACCAUAGAAGAGAUGGAAAUGAAGCCACAGAAGUAGAGAACACAGAUUUGGAUACCAAAUCUGAAGCACCUCAAAACACUGUAAGUGCAAAGGCAGUAGUUAGAGGAUGUCGACAGAGAUUUAAGCCUAAUGUUACAAGAGCUUCUGGAAGGAGAGAAAAGCCUGAAAAAGAUCCGGGAAAUAAGGAAAUGUCCUAUUCACAGCCUGAGGAAGGACCUAAGGGGGAGACUGGAAAGAAUACCAACCAAAGUCAUAGGUCUGAUGGUACCAGUGAGGAAGCUGCAAAAAAAGAUGAUAAAGUCCUGGAGACAGUGUCUUGGUCUAAUGAAACAGCUGAUUUACAAGAUGACAGCAAGCAGUGUGUGUUGAAACCACUACCUCUAAAGAGUGGCAGAGUACAAGGACCAAAACCAAAUCUAGAUGCAAAGCAAAAAGACCUGACAAAGGAAGAAGGUUCUGAAGAGGAGAAAACUGAAGGUGAAGAGGUAGAAAUGGGUGUGAUACACCACAGGGAUGAAAACAGUGAUCCAUGCCUCAAAAAUGAUGUGACAGUUGAUGAAGACACUCAGCCAAGCAAUGUGAUGUUGGAAGGGAACACUACAGAUUCUGGGAAGAACUCAGUACAAACAAGCCAGCAUUCCCAAGAAAAACCUUUUGAAGCAGAAAGCUGUAGAAGUGAAAAGGAAUUGUUAGAUGACAGGAAGCAGGUGUCAGAUAUUAAUAAAGGGAAGUCUGGACCUGGGAAGGAAGAGGAGAAAACUGUUGUAUCGUCAGCUCGACCACUGCGGAGUCGGUUCCAGAGACCAAAGCCAAAUUUAAGGAUGACAACAUGUAGAAAGGAAGUGUUUCGUGCUAAUAAUAAAGGUGUAUCACAGAAAGAUAUGAACAAGGAAGAAAGUCUGACACAGUCGCAGAGUGACAGUGAAUGUAGCAUCCCUUCUGCUACACAUCAAACGGAAAAACAUGAAAUCCUGCAACCAUUGGAAUCCUUAGAAAAGGCAGAGUCACUUUGUGCUCAGGAGGUUUCUGAGGAGCCACACUGUAAGUCUCCAGAGAGGUUUUCAAGAUCAGAGGGUGGUGAGCUCCAGUUUUGUCUGCCUGGAAUUAGCCAAGAUGACACCUCGACUCCUAAUACAAGCAAAAAUACCACUAAAGAAGAAAGUAAACAAACAACCCUUGAGCCUGUCAAGUUAACGUGGAGCAGAUUCCAGAGGUACAAGCCAAACUUGAGAAAAGCUGUCGGAAAGACGGAAUUGCGAAGACCAGAAAAUAAGGAGAAAAAGUCUGAAGCAGAGCAGUUGGUAUUGCAAAAAGAUGAGCCUGCCAGUGCUGUAAUUGGUGAAAAGGAAGCUGUAUUGUGUCAAGCAGAUGUAUUGAACAAAGAGGAACAAGAGCAGCAAGCAGUGCCUCAGGUGCCCUGUGUUUCUGAAAAUGUACUGUGUGGACAAAGCAGUGCUGGAAAAUCCACUUUCCAAGAAGGCAAGCUGGGUACUGUGAAACCAGGACAAUUUGUAAGGAAUGGAUCUCCGAGAACUAGACCAAACCUAGAAAAUGUAUAUAGCAAAGCAGAAUCUCCAGUGGCACAAAAACUUGCUACUCCAGUUGAGGAAGAAAUGAAUAAAGAAGAGAAUCAGCCCAUGGGAGAAGACUCUGAGAAACUUCUUUCCUCAGAACCCAAGGGUGACAUGGAGGUGUUGUUUAUGGGGAAUUUGUCCAAGAAUGAAAAUUCAGACAUAGAUCCGGAAAGUAUGAAGUGUGAAACUCUCUCUACCUCUAAAGAAUCACUUAACUGCCACAGCAAGGGAGAACAAGAAGAACAUCAACCUACAGAUGAUAUGCAAAGCAUUCAGGAUGCCAUAGAAAGGUCUGAUGAAUUAAGUUCUGGAGAAGAAAAUAAACUAAGUGAUAAAAAACCUUUGCAUCAAGUGAGAGAAUCCCACUGGAACCCAAGGUCAAACCUAAUGAGAGUUACAAGAAAAAGAGAUUAUCCUGAAGGUGAUGAAAACAGAGAAGAGGACAAGGCUGAGAAUAAAGAUGCAGAAGAGUGUUUGGUAUUAGAAAAAUCUGAUAUAUCAACGCCAAACUCAAGUAACGUAGUGGAAGCUGCGUCCUUCUCAAAGGCUACAAGAAAACGCCAUUUUACAGACUCUGAAGAAGCAUCAUGUAAAAGAAUCAGGCAGGAUAAUAGACUUCAGUCUCCAGAGGUAUCAUCAAAGUGUGAGAAUCAGGUAGAACAAGAGGACGAUUCGCUGCUUUCUGCCUCUCAGGAAAAGAAUUCAGCCAAUCUCACAAGAAAGCAGUCGAAGAGGUCAUCAAAACAGAUUGCACUGCCAAAACGUGUCUCAGAGCCAAGACAUGCUGGUUCUUCUGCGUCUGAAUGUGAGGCUGAUAGCAGUGAGAAGGGGAAUCAAAGGCAAGCAGCUAAACUGAGUGUUACUAGAGGCAAAAGCUUGAAAACUACAUGUAGAAAGAAAUCUGGAAAGGAGCACAGAAGUUCAGAGGCAACUUGGGUGACUCUCCGGGCUUCUCGAGAGGAGGAAGAAGAGGAAGAGGAGGCAGAUGAGUUGGAGCCUGAUGAUGAAGACAAAUGCUUUGCACCUGAGGAAGUAAACAAAGCUCCAGUGUUUGUUCCUAUAGGUCUUCGAUCUCCCAAACCAGUUCUUGUUCAGAUAGAGGAAACCAUGGAGCUGGAAAUACCUGUGGAUAUACCAGAUGAGCAGGUGGCUAUGGAUGUUGAAGGCCUCUCUCAGGCAUCUGUCCAGCCCAUACUGCAGACAGAGGAAAAAGAAACAACCACACAUGAAAAUCCAGUGGUGGAAAAAGGAAUUAAUGAUGGAAGCACUGAAGCUGCUAUGACUUUACUUGCAAUGGGUGACCCAAUGUUCCAGUUAAAAACAAGCUCUGAAGAAUGGACAGACAAGUUACCAACUCAAGAUGAGUUGAACAUGGUGAAUAGCAUUGUAUCCCACACCUACUCCAUCCAAAAUAGAACUUCUAGUCAGUAUUUACUUUCUUCAGACACUUCUACGAAGGAAAUGGGCCCUUCUGAGGACGGAAGCAACAUUAAUGUAAAGGAUCAAAGUGCUGGCACAAGAAUAGGUGCUGAAGAAUAUUUUGAGAAAAAUGCUUCAGAUAACAGUGAUAGCUCUUUGCCUAUGGUGAACAGUACAAGACCAACAAGAGGCAAACUCAUGCAGCCUGAGCCAGACUUAGGAGGAUUGCAGUCCCAUGAAAUUGUAAUUCAGAAGUCACUUAAUACAAAUGUUCCUGUAGAACAAUUAGAGCAAGUUGAAAGCAAGUCUCUAAGAGGUACUGUAGAAAUGCAGAAUGUGGAACAAGAACAGCUAAAACCAGCUGUAGGUGAUUCUUCAGUUCUUCAUGAUUUUCCAACUAGAAGUGUGGAACUCUUCAAGCAAACAGACAACACUGAAAGAACAGAAAAAGAGAUGAGAGAUGCUUGGGAAAAUUCAGAACAUGUAAGACCUGUAACUACAUCACCAAAACCUGAAAAGUGCCACCUUGGACUAGAGGUCCCAUGUUCUGUGGAUGGACUUUCUGAGCAAAAUCCUUGUCCUCCUGAGUACAAUAUAAGCACAACCAACUUUACUCAGAAGGAAGCUUGCUCUCAAGAUUCUCAGCAGCAGUGUGUAAGCAGCACAGAAGAGACCCCAGCAGUGAAUGAGGAUCAUAGCUGUCCAAAGGAGGAACAGACAUUUAUUUUGACAUUGGUGGAAAUCCCAACUGACUCAAAACAUUUUGGUGCAUCUGGUUUACUGGAACAAAAUUCUGAGCCAUUACUGCCAGCCCCAAUACUUAUCAGCCCAAUAAAUGCAAGUGAAACAAGUGUGACCGAAGUGGAGAGCAUGGCAUCCUCUACAACUGCAGCUGCUGCACCUUUAAACAGCAGUAUGGAAACCACACAACUACGGAGUGUAUCAGUAGAGCCCAUCCCAGAUUUGCAGACAACUCAAAAAAGGUCAGCUGCUGAGCUUGAAAAAGAUGAUUUCUCUCCUGCCAAGAAAGCUCCAUCUGCUGUUGUAGUUGAAGAUAACUUGGAGACCACUUAUAAGGGUUAUUCAGCUAAAUCCACAAAUGCCCCAAUGACAGCUUCUGGGGUUGCUUUUCAAAAAACAGAGGCUUCAGCAAAGGAAAAGGUACUUACCUCUGUAUUGAUACCUGAGUCUGUGUCACCACGGGCUGGUAGAAGCCAGAUUGAGACUUUGGAGGAUCCAGGGAAAACAACAGUUGAGAAUUCAGCAUCCAGACAGGAAGAAGUGAUGUCUACAUUGACCUCUAAUAGAAAAGAAGUAGUAAGUGGCCAAGCCAUGCAGGGGUGUGUGCGUGAAUCUGAACAUUUGGAACAUACUGGAAGCCUAGCAUCAACUUCAAAAACUCCAUUACUCAGGUGCGGACGAAAACCAUUGGGAUUUUUAUCCUUAAUCUGCAAAAAAAGUAGUUCUAAAUCUGCAGGAGAUACUAAAGGGAAUAAAAGGAAGAUCCAAAAACCUCAGCUUGUGACUCCAAGCCGAAGUCUAAAAAGACCUGCUCCAUCCACUAAGGAUGGCAGGGAAUCUUGUUCUCUUCCCUCUACAAGCACAUCAUCAUCUCUGGAGUGUAAGAAUGUAGCUGAUCCUGCAGUGCCGAUUCCCAGUAAUGAGCCGUCUGAGGAGCUACCCCUUUGUCCUAAAGGUCAAGAGAAAGAAGAAGAGCCAACGAGAAUCUCUGAGUAUUUUUUCAGUGACAUCUUUAUGGAAGUGGAUGAUUCAGAAUAGCAAAUUUGCUUUAUAAAAUCCUGAGAUCAGAGAGUAUAAUGCUACACAAAAGGAGUGUUUUGAAGAAGUUGUUUUUGUUCUGAUUUUCAUUACACCACAGUUAUUCUCAGCCAAGGUGUUGUUAAUAAAUUACAUAAAUAUGAAGCAACCUGGGUACUUCUGAAAUACUGACAUAAUAUGAACUACUACAUUGCUGUUACUGAACCAGACCAGCAGCUUCUGAUGUAUAUUUCCACUUGUUUUAGAUGCUGAUCAUAGAUGCAUGACUAGCUUUCAGGAAAGUGCAAGGAAAAAAUACUUUAUCUUGUGACAGGUAUCCCUUUCAGUUUAAAUGCAUUAAUGAAUUUAAAUGCAUAGAUUAUUUAAAAUGUUAUACAAGGUAUUUACUUCUUUUUGUGAAGUAUGCUAUGUUAAUAUGUUAGAAAGAAGAAGAAACCUUUUUAUGUAUAGAUAAGGAUGCAGUUACUGGAAGUAGUAUAGUAAAUACAUGGAUAGGUUCAGCACUGCAGGUAUUUUUAUUAGCAUCUCCAAAUUACUUAUUUUUGUAGGAGCUUUUAAUUGGAUAUAUUAAAAUAGUCUACCCUGAGAAGUCAAGCGGGUUUAGUUCCUUGAAAAUUUAUUGAAAAAUAAUAAAUACCCCACAAUUUACUAAAAUAUGAUAAACAAUGUUAAUCUUUGCAACUGUCCUACUGGAGUGGGAAGUGGUUAAUGUUUCCUACUAUAAAUGCUGAUUUCCAUCUAAAUAUGAAAACAAGGACAUAGAUAUAAUUUAUUUUCCUUUUUUUUUCAUACAGGUGUUUUUAUCUCUACUGACUUCUUGGUGCAAAAUAGCACAAAUAGGCUGGAUUUAAACUGUUACUAUACAGUAGGGUUGCUUCGAGGAUUAGCUACUUUGAAGCAGUUGAAUUUGUAUGGUUUUCAUUAUGUUGUGUCUACGUGUACUGUAACUUGCUAUAAAAUGCUAGUGUAGCUUUAGAUUUUAGUCUAGUUUUUUUCCUUGCCUCAUCAAGAAGACUGGUUUGAUGAGGUGUCAAGGUUCAUGCAAUCUCAAAGUCAGGUGUUCACUGAAAGAUUCAGUAUUUAUUCUGAAACUCAUUACACAAAAAUGAGUGCACAGAUUUCAGGAGUCUGAUUUUUCCUCCUAUUACUUAAUGGCAGCAGGCACUUUUGCAAAAUUAUUUAUUAUGAAAGUCAAACUGAUGGUAUUAUGCUCUUAAGAAACCCAUCAUCAGCUUUGGAUUGGAUAAUCGUUUACUGGCAGGUAUUUUCACAGAAGCAUUUGGUUAAUUUUGAAAUACUUCAGGUCUCAGAAUAUUUGCAUUUUCAGAAGCUAUUGGCAAAGCUUGUCAUGGAGCCUUCAAAAUUUUUUCAGUAAGGAAAAACACACAGUCAAGCUACUGUUACUCCAGAUUGUUACAUGGUCAGGGCCCUGUCAGUCAGGCGUUGUUACUAGCAGUACUUUACUGAGAUAGAAAAGGUGAUACCAUGUCCAUCUGAAGCAGUUUACUUGAAAGCAUACUGUCAAGCCCUCCAGCCCCUCCCACAAACCAAAACAAAGCAAACCAAACCAAAACAAACCCAAAACACCAAAACCUGAACCCCAAGACCAGUUUCUGUUCAGACAGCAUCUUGUGCUUUGCCUAAUCUAUUUAACUUGAAAUGUUUAUCUUAAAUAUUGUCGUCUUGUAAGCAUUAUGAAAUAGAUUAAUCUAUACAUCAAGUUCUGUGUAUUGCAUAUCUUGUCAAUAUUAUUUUAUGUAUGAAAGUGUUUAGUUUCUGAAACCUGUGGCAUGUUUAAGUCACUUGCACUGAUAGAGCCUAAAAAUAAGUUUGUGGGGGAUGACUAUAAAAUAAUAGUCCUAAGUACUUUUUGAGGUGAUAAGCAUUCUACAUUUAGUUGUGUAUGGUUUAGCUUGGAUUCAUACUACAAGGGGAAAACACCCCUAACAACUAUUUCAUUAUUCAGAUUUCAUUAUUUAAGGUGCCUUAUCUACCUUGUUAACUGGGGCUAUGUAUUUUCCCCUGCAGUAAAUCACAUGCACUUUGUUAGAGGAUUUGUUAGAGGAUUUUUUUUAAAGAACAAGUUUUACUUGGACAGCUUUGUGUUCUGUUUUGUAUAUGAGAGUUUUAUAAUGGUGAAGGAUGUAAGAAAAGAUAGGUGAAAUCUCAAUGCUUAUUAGUUCAGUGUUUUUACAAAGAUGAGGAAUAAAUAAAUGCUUUGCUUGAGUUGUCCGACACUCUGUUAUUACUGCAUAUAAGCUUUCUGUUUAAAAGAAAGUGUAGUCAUAUUCUGUAUGUAAAUUUAUGUUAAUAAAUUAUUUUAUAUUA